AUGAACUCCAAAGGAAACGAUCACAGCGGUUCUCUUCGCACCUAUCAGCCCGCUCCAAACCUCGUGUUCGACGUUGUACCCAUUAAUCCCAUUGAUACGACGAAUCUUGUUAAACCUUUUGUCAUCACUUAUUCUCUGUAUUUUACUGGAUAUCUAGAUCCCGUUAAACUACAUGACUCUCUGGAAUUGUUAAUAUUGAGAAAGUACAGAAUUCUCGGAGCAAGACUGACAUCGGCAUUAGACAGCUUUUACGUUCCUCGUGCGAAAUCAUUCUCGCGCGACACCUUGCCUGCGGUCGUAUUCACUUCAAACAAUCGUGGUCAAACAAGUGUCGCAACCGUCAAUCCUUCUCUGCCGCACUUAGAUACUCUAUCGGACCGCAUCACUCUUCACCCUGGAGUCAAUUCUCUUCGAGCUCUGGUUCCUGCUGUGGGGACUCCGGAGCAGUAUUGCCCAAAUCCCAAUCAGCCCGAACUGAAUCCACCAAUGCUGAAGGUACACGUUGAAACGUUCUCCGACGCGACAAUCAUAAGUGUGCGUGGCCCUCAUAUAUUCAACGAUGCCAAAGGAUUCGAACGAAUCCUUGCAGAUUGGGCUACUGCCGUUAAUUCUGAUGUGGAGGAUGCGAUAGGGCCAGCAACGUUGGGAUGGAAUCCUUUAUCAGGGCUCGGUGACAGGCACAAUCUAGCAAACGACGCCGCAAACAUACCACUAGGAUGGUCAUCCAUCGUGGGCGCCGCUGAGAAACAAUUCUUGGAGAACUUCAAGAAGGAGAUGGAAUCGGAGCCUCGGGCAAAGUAUAUGUCGUUUCAUUUUCCUUCUUCUGAGAUCACCCGGUUACGAUCAGAAGCUCAAGGGGUUGCGGAUAGAGUCCGACUGAGUGAAAACGACGUUAUCUUCGCCUUCUUGGCCCGUGCUUGGGCCAGUUCAUGCUCUGCAUCACCAUCCACUCUUGCUCACCUGGUGUUUCCGCUUGAUCUGCGGUUUAUGCUGCCAGAGCGAUAUGGGCCAGACCCUAGUUCGUAUAUCCACAACGCCGUUUUUGCAGUUCCUCUCCUGCAUACCUUCACAGUAGGGCAGCUUCGAACCAUGUCUUUGGGGGCUGUCGCGAUGGAGGUGCGAAAGACGGUGCAGCAGUUGACGAAAGAGGGGUUAGAACGGACUGUCGACUGGGUACUUGCCAACCCGGAACAAAAUCCUGUCCCUCGCGGUGUCGACGGAUUGUUUUUUGGGGUGAGCAGCUGGAGGAAAAUGAAAUUCCUGGAUAUCCAUUUUAGGGGAGCUCUCCAGGGUGGGGGUGAUGGCAAGUUGACACGUAUAUGGGGAAGUGGGAGCAGUGCUGCUGGAGCUCGAAGAAUAUGUAUGGUCGAAAGCGAUGAUGGCGAAGGUGGGCUCUGGUGUUCGGUAGAAUUGCCCGAAGGAGAUUGGGACAGAGGCCAGUUCAAGGAUAUUGAAAGACGGGGAGGCUAG